AGGAAUUAUCAUUUUACGGUAAAGAAUUGUCUGAAUUUGAUUUGAGAGAUAGUGUAAAUAGUUCAACCAUUAAUGCAAGCCAAUUAGAAUUUACCGAACAGCAAUUUGAUAAUGAAUUAUCUGAUUC